AUGCCUGCCACCGCCGCUGGCACCACGACCGCCGCUGGCACCACCACUGCUGGCACCACGACUACCACAACGACGACCACCACAACGACAACCACCACAGAUGAUGUGAACCUCGCCAGCAUGACCCUCUAUUCCUCCAGCAACUUUGAAUCUGACAGCACAUCUGCUACUGAGGUUUUCCGGGUGAACGGUACGAACAAUGAGAAUUCCAUUCGCGUCAGGUUCAACCAUGGCACUGGCAAGACCUUGAUUGGGGAGUCGAAUGGCAACAAAUAUCUGCAGGUGGUGAGGGAUUCCAGCAACACAUAUGUGCAGAUCGAGGCAAGCAUCGGCAUGGAUCAUGACGCGCCUGACAGCCUUGGCGGCUCCACACACCAGGUAGUAGAUCUCGCUGUGAUGGGGAAGUACAUGACCAGCGGUACAUGGCCUGCUGGCUGCUAUACUUCCCUUGGCCUUGGUUCCGGGAAUCUUGUUUCUAAAGUGGAGACCGUUGGAGCAGUUUCUACAUGGACGGACUUCACAAUCGCCGUGGGCACCACCCUUCCCAGGGCUGACUGGACCGCUUGGGAGUUCUUUGUUGAUGUGCUGCCCAACGCUGGCUGUGAGGAUGUCUCAGUUUUCGUGGACGAUCUGAGCGUAUAUGCCAAAGCUGCGCCCAAAGCAUGA